AUGUCUCUUUUUGCGGGACAAGACAGUCGCUUGUUCUGCAGGAAUCCCCCUUCCUACCUAAUCAGGGUGGUGUCAACUGACCCUGUCACCCAAAUUAGUCCAACCGUAAUUCUGAAUCGGUACAUGGGCUGUCAUGUCCUGUUUCCUCUUCCAGGACCUUCAAUCACACACACACACACACACACCUACUUCUUGCUAGCCUUACCUACCCCAUGCGCAGCCACCGCCGCCACAAACCCAUGUCUUCUCACAAGCAGUCGACGUUCCACUUGCCGUGCUACAUCCUGUCCACCGUACUGUGUGUGCAGUGAGCUCCAAGGUUCCUAUGGGGAAGCUCUCUGUAUAGCAGCGCUUACUCCAUUCUUAGCCAGGCAGAAAAAGAUGGUCCCAUCAUGGAGGUGUAUAAGACACCCCGGUUGUCUGCCUUGUCAUCCACACCCGUUGUUCUGUGCUUCCACAGCCUGCUUCACAUCUCAGCAUCACCAUUCCCAAGUAUAUACCGAAUACUUGGUCCCAACUCCCAAUACAAGUUACCGUCCGCCCAUUCCUAUAUCUGGCUCGCACCCCCAUCCUUUCAUAAGGCAAAGCCCCUUGACUGCGUCUAACAACCCAAUCGGACCCCCGGCGCAAUCUUACUCGGCAUCUCUCCCCGCCUAGUUCUCGCUCCUCUCCAGCAACAACAAGGUCCAUCGCAGGUCAUCGUGUCCAUCUUCAGCCUUACGAAUUCGUAUAUAAUCCAACAUCAGCCAACACCU